CCUCAUUGGGAUAGCCAGGUCAGGACAGACUGAGGGGCCCCAGCUGGUUUGCGGGGUGUGGGAGGGAGGCCAGGCAGGGCCAGGGACCUAGCGGAGAGAGGAGGCUCGGAGGAGGUGCUGGCAGGGGAGGCUGCUGCCAAGGCGCAGCGUGGGGCGGUGGGAUCCGGAGCAGCGCGCGCCGUUGGGCGAACAGACUCGCGGGGCCGAGACCCGGGGACCCUCGGCGGCGGCGGGACCUCUCCUCUCGGGCGCCAAGGGGACGCGCACGCGCCCUCGUCCUCGCGCCCCGCCCUCCGGUCCUCCCCGCGCCGCCUCCCAGCGCCAUUCCCCGCGUCCCCUUGUCCGGGCCAUGGAGGGUUUGGUGCUGCGACCCGCCAAGGACUACCGGGUGGUGCUGCUGGGCAGCGUGGCGGUGGGCAAGACGGCGCUGGCCACGCAGUUCGCGUGCGGCCGCUUCCCCGAGCGCUGCGAGCCGUCGGUGGAGGAGCUGUUCAGCAAAGUGAUCGAGGUGAACCGGGCUCCCGCUCUGCUGGAGAUCGUGGACACGGUGGGCGCCGAGCAUCUGGUCACCCUCAAGGACCUGUACAUCAGGAACAGCGACGGCUUCGUGGUGCUCUACAGCGUGUGCGACGAGGCCUCGUUCCAGGCCGUGCGACCGCUGCGGGAGCGCAUGGGCCGGCUGCGGGGCUCGCGCGCCGUGCCGCUCGUGUUGGUGGGCACCAAGGCCGACCUAGACGCCGAGCGCCAGGUCCUGACGGCUCAGGGCCGCGCGCUGGCCCGCGAAUGGCGCUGCCCGUUCCUGGAGAUCACGGCCAAGAGCAAAAUGAUGGUGGACCGCGUGUUCACGCAGGUGGUGCGCGAGAUGGAGGCCCUGGCCCCGCCGGGGCAGGAGGCUCCCCGCAUCCCCGCCAACGCCCCGGAGACGUGGCCUGCUGAGAGGUUCAUUGGCUAGCGCGCCACGGUCCACUGGCCCUGUGCCUUUCCCCAGAAAGUUAUCCAACCGUAAACAAGUGGCUGCUUUUCUGUAUAUUCACCGCAAAGGGUGUUGGUGCUUCAGUUGGCCUGCCUCUCUUUCCUCAAAGUUAGGCAAAAACUUCGGAACAUCCCCGCCGUUGACCUCCGACUGUGCUACGAGAAGAAACCAAAAUUUACAUUUUACCGUAGAGAGAAUUUACAGCCCUGUUCAGUCUGUUUCUGGACUCCCACCACCCGUCUAAUUUUUGUAAAUAGUACCUCGGGAGCUUUUGAUUGGUUGGGAAGUGUGCACUGAAGGUUUCUUCAGCUUUAGGAGGGUUUUCUCUCCUUUACAGCCUUGAAUCCGGCAGUAAGAUUUUCCUCAACACGAAUUCCUAAAUAUAGUUAUGACUUAUGUCAUGUUGGUUUGAAAGGGGAUACUGUACGGGGGACAACUAUGCACACACACAAAGAUAGCUCAAAGAUAGCUCGGCCCUACCUUGUAAUUGACAUUUAGCUGGUUUCCACGUCCCCUGCAUUGGAAAUAAAAUUAGAAGUCGGUAAUUUUUAACAUGUGGCUUUCUAGCUUGUGUGUAAACCUGUCACUGCUAAAGCUUUACUUAAAAAAACAAACAUUUUAUUGUG